AUGGCAUUUCUACAGUAUGGUAUCACUACGAUAAUCUCGUUGAAUCGUUUGACAGUGCUACUUAAUUAUAAAUUAUUUGAGCCGCUCUGGAAAAAAUACUGCUGGAUCAUAAUCCUACUCCUUAUAUUCCUUCCAUUCCUGAGCACCGGUGCCGCCUUUAACUACCCAUCUCAAUUCACGUACCUCAACUCAACCGACUAUUACUCCCUUACCACCGAGAUGCCUUUACUAGAGAUCUACGUCAGUCUUAUACCAUUCAUGAUAAUUGCUAUAAUUAUCUCGUUAAUUGCCAACUAUUCAAGUUUCAAGUUUGUGAAAAAGGUGCAACUUUGGAAAGCGAGUAAAGCAGAGUCGAAUUUUCUGAAAAUUCUAUCGACAACAUUGGUGAUUCAAAUGAUUGGCACGUUUCUGAGUACAGGAAUGUUGGUGUUCGAGCAAUCGGAUUUUAAAACAAAUCUAUCAGUGAUAAGACCAUUUGUGAGUGAUGGAUUGACACUGGUGCAACCAUGGUUAUUGUAUAUUUUCAGUCAUUCGUAUGCUACCACUGCACUCAUUUCAUUGAACCGUUUCUCAGUACUCCUCAAAUACACUUGGAUUGAACCCGCUUGGAAACACUAUACCUGGCUCUUAAUGCUCACCAUUUAUAUUCUUCCAGCUGUCAAUACUCUGAGAAACUAUGAAACUGAAAUACUGUACUUGAAUGAUACUGACAGUUAUAAGUAUGAGUCACCGAUGGUAGCCGAGCAGUGCCGUCUUCAAGUAUUUGAUCCCCUUCAUGGUUAUAACCACCAUUAUCUCAGCGACACUAAAUAUCGCCUCUCUAUCAAUAGUCCGAAGUAUGAAGGCUCAAUUAAGACAGAAAGUGGAGACUAA